CCGCGUGUACUCCAGCAUCAAGCCUGCAAUUGCACAUUCGUAUCUGCUUCACAUUGCUAGCCAGAGCGCUUAGCCGGGCUUCGCCCCUUCUGAACAAGCAUUGCUUGCAUGCAUUGGAUCUCAAUUUGCUCUUCUCUGGAUGCUGCCAAACCAAUUCAUUAAAUUGCGCGGUCUUACGUCGGUCGUCCACCGCAUCGACGUUGGGCAUGAGACAGGGUCGAGCGACCGCCUUAGAUGUUCAUUGCGCUUAAAAGGUGGGCGACGAGUCCGCAAUAUCUCACUCGAGCACCGAUAGCACGUUACCGAUGGGCAAUAAAUCAUGUGUCGCCGGGUUACGACUGCGCAAUGUCGGGACAGACAAGCGCAGUCGAUGUUGCGAUCAACAUUUGCAAAGACACCAAUCGUAGAUGUGAUUGGGCACCCUUGCAUCGGAAGUGGUGCACGCCCACUCGCGGCCGCCGUCUACGCCAGCAGUGUCUUCGCCAAGCACGCACACAAUGCUCUGAUGCUGCGAUCGGACGUGGGAUGGGCGAGCCGAGGCAAUUUGAAAAUAGGAUGGAGUUGGUCACUCAAAGCAAAGGCGGCCGACCAUCGGCAUCGCAGCAACCACGAUCCUACGGAAUUGAUGACGGAGCGCCGUACCGUGCCGCCGUGUGAUGAGGGGCCGGACCGACCGCUGACCGAUGCUGAGCCACUAGCUUCUCCCCUGCAUGAGAUCUCUUGACUCGUCGCAAGCUAGCCUUCUUGGCGCCGGCCCUCCCCUUCUGAGCUAGUGAGCUCAGAGCUG